UGCCACUACCACCAAGCAUCCCUCCUAUCCUGCUCUUUAGCAUUGGGCAACCCAGAAAUUGGCCGUUCCUUUUUCUAGAAUUUUUAAUCCUUAAUUGUGUUGCCCAUUGACCACUGGGUCCCAGUGACUCACUUUAGUUGGUUUUGACUGUUUUCUUCCUGACAACAAUAAAUGUCUCCUCCCUCGUCUCCCACUCUCCCAUCAGUGUUCAUGCUGCAGGAACCAGUGAGUCCCCCAUGUCUCCAGCUUCUGAAUAUUCCUCGGAGAUCAAAGAGGCUUAUAUUCCUCUAAAACGGAUGACCAGGUGGCUGUUAUUCUUGGCCAUCUCAGGACUCAGCUGUGCAACUACUGGUCCUGAUGUGGAAGGUGAAGCUUUGUUAGAUUUUUUGAAGGUCCUCAAUGAUUCUAACCAUCAGAUGACAGAUUGGAAUAGUUUUCUUGUGAGCCCAUGCUUUAGUUGGUCUCAUGUCACAUGCAGAGAUGGACAUGUCAUAUCUCUGAGCUUGGGUUCAAAAGGAUUUUCAGGGACACUGUCUCCUUCAAUUACCAAAUUGAAAUACUUGAUUACCUUGGAAUUGCAGAACAAUAGUCUUUCAGGUUUCUUGCCUGAUUAUAUUGCCAAGUUGACACGCCUGCAAUAUCUAAAUCUUGCUGACAAUAAUUUUAAUGGUUCCAUACCAUCCACGUGGGGUCAACUUUCCUCUCUAAGGACUCUGGUAUUGAAAGGGAAUGACUUGUUUGGAUUCAUACCGGAUUCUGUUGAAAAUCUCAGUAGGUUAUCAGAAUUGGAUCUUUCUUCUAAUAAUUUAACUGGAACCAUCCCAAAGCACCUCUUUUCAAUUCCAAUCUUCAACUUUUCAAAUACGAACCUUCAAUGUGGCUCUAGCUUGGAGCAACCUUGUGCUUCUAAUUCAGCUAUUCCAGCUUCAACCAACAAAUCAAAAGUUGCAGUGGCUUUAAGUUUGGCAAGUUGUGGCGCCUUCGGAAUUCUAUGUUUAGGGGUCAUCUUUACAUAUGUAUACCGAUUCGCGCAAAGACACAAAAGUGAUGUUUUUGUUGAUGUUUCAGGUGAAGAUGAGAGCAAGAUUUCAUUUGGGCAAUUGAGAAGAUUUUCUUUGCGUGAACUUCAGCUAGCCACAAAAAAUUUCAGUGAAAGCAACGUGAUUGGCCAAGGAGGCUUUGGAAGAGUAUACAAAGGAGUACUCUUGGACAAUACAAGGAUUGCAGUGAAACGCCUGGCCGAUUAUCAUAAUCCUGGUGGAGAGGCCGCAUUCCAAAGAGAAGUUCAACUUAUAAGCGUUGCAGUUCACAGAAAUCUCCUACGUUUGAUUGGGUUCUGUACAACCUCAACCGAAAGAAUCCUUGUAUAUCCUUUCAUGCAAAAUCUAAGUGUUGCAUAUCGCUUGAGAGAUUUGAAACCUGGAGAGAGAGGUCUGGACUGGCCAACAAGGAAACGUAUAGCAUUUGGUACAGCACAUGGAUUGGAGUAUUUGCACGAGCAAUGUAAUCCUAAGAUCAUACAUCGCGAUUUAAAGGCAGCAAACAUCCUGUUAGAUGAUGAAUUUGAAGCAGUUCUCGGAGAUUUUGGCCUAGCUAAGCUGGUUGACACAAGACUGACCAGUGUUACCACUCAAGUGAGGGGUACAAUGGGACAUAUAGCCCCAGAAUACUUGUCCACAGGAAAAUCAUCAGAAAAAACUGAUGUCUUUGGAUAUGGCAUAACACUUCUUGAAAUUGUGACAGGUCAACGAGCAAUCGACUUCUCCCGGCUCGAAGAAGAGGAGGAGGUUCUUCUGCUAGAUCAUAUUAAGAAGCUGCUGAGGGAGAAGAGGAUAAAGGACAUAGUGGACAAGAAUUUGGAGAGCUAUGAUGUGAAGGAAGUGGAGAGGAUUAUUCAGGUUGCCUUGCUUUGCACGCAAGGCUCGCCUGAGGAUCGACCAAGCAUGUCAGAGGUAGUGAAUUUGCUGAAUGGGGAAGGUUUGGCAGAGAGAUGGGCAGAGUGGGAGCUAAUGGAAGAGAUGAACAAUAGAGAAAUGUCACUCUUGGCUCACCAAUUUGCUUGGGCUGAUGAAUCUACGCACCAUCAAGAGGCUAUUCAGCUUUCCUGGGCAAGAUAAAAGACACAUAUAUGGUUUUGCAGGACUCUGUUUUGAGAAAUGCAAAUGCUUCUUCUAAGUCAAGCACAUGUACCUUAAAUACAGUGUGGUGGAUAGUGUUCGAUAUCCAAUGAACCAAAAACCGAAAAAGGAAACUCUUUUCUGUAUCAAGCUUUUGUUUUUGGCACAGGUGAGUCGUUGUAGAGGUAGAGUAUUAGAGGCAAGGCCUACGCCCUAGUGCGACACACGUAUCUCUGUACCUGCCUCGUGUAAACUUGCAUCUGUUGCAUGUAAGAUAUUGCCAAUCUUCCCCUGAAGUGAGAAUAGAUAAGGUCUUUUUAUAUUAAUUUGGUUGCUAUGUA